AACCAUCCCAUUCCCCAGUCCGCCAUUUUCGCUCAUAAGUGCGCAUUGCUUCUUCAGUGCAGACGCAGGCCUUGCGGUAGAAGUAUAUCUGAACUAAGUGAACAGUAAUUGUUGCGAGUUCUCGUAAGAAACCUUUGCAAGCGAAGAUGUCCACCGAGCAGACAGAGGCUACAGUUCAGAACGCGGCCCAGCAGCAGCCGCAGCAGGGAGAAAUGAAUGGAAAAGCCAAACACGAGCCCAACAUGAGCAGGAAGGACAGGCCACAGAAGAGAGGCGGCGGUGGUCGUUUCGAACCCUAUGGCAACGUGAACAAGAGAUACAGAGUGUUUGUCAGCAACAUCCCAUAUGACGUGAAAUGGCAAGCGCUCAAAGACCUGAUGAAGGAAAAAGUGGGUGAGGUAACGUACGUGGAUCACUUAAUGGACGCUGAAGGCAAAUCAAGGGUAAGUGCAAAUACAUAAACAUACGAAUUCUUCUUGACAAAGCUGUGCUUGGCAGCUUUAGCCUUUUUCAGUUACUGUUGGGAAUCGGCUAUCACUUAGAACACCAUCGGAGUGUUUUAGUUGGUGGCAGCAGCAUGCCGGAGGUGUGUGUUAGUGGUGGAGCUGGUCUCUGACUUAAUUUUUGUCGAUUGGUGCUCUUAGAACAGAACCAAUGGUUAUUAUGUAGCCAAAUGUGAGAGUGCAGUAGCUGAUAAGUCUUCCUUUUGGUUGCUGGAUUCUGUUCCAUUUGACCUCUAGUGGCUUAGACUUAAAGAGGUUGUUGCAGGAGCACGUGUAAAGUUCAACCACUUGGCACAGAUUCCUUUGUUUUUUCAGAACCACUUAAUUUUGUGAUGUCUUUGUUGUUGUGUAUAUGCACAAUUCAAUGCGUUAACAUGGAAAUGUGUGGUCAGAUUUCCUUUUAUUUGUUUCUCGUUAUAAGUUUGCAUGACAACAAAAUGAACACUCCUAAAUGAGGGCAUUUACAAUCAUCAUCACUAACGUGUACUUGUUUUUUCCCCCUGUGGCUCGGUGUCCGGCUUGAUCCACCAUCUUCCAUCUAUAAAGGGUUGCGCUGUGGUUGAGUUCAGGACUGAGGAGCUGAUGAAGAAAGCUGUGGAGAAGGUGAACAAGCAUAACCUCAAUGGACGGCCCCUGAAAGUGAAAGAGGACCCAGAUGGUUUUAUCUCACAGAGGGAAAUGAACAAGUCUGGAAUGGGUCCUCCUGGCGGCCACGGUGGGAUGGGCAUGGGAGGAAUGGGCGGGAUGGAUCGCAUGGGCGGCAUGGGUGGAAUGGAUCGCAUGGGAGGAAUGGACCGAAUGGGCCCUGGACCAAAUGGACCAUCCGUCAACAUCCCUCCCAGCCUGAUGAACAACCCCAACAUCCCCAACGAGAUCAUCCACGGUCUGCAGGCUGGCAGGAUCGGAAGCACCAUCUUCGUUGCAAAUCUUGACUAUAAAGUGGGCUGGAAGAAACUGAAGGAGGUGUUCAGCAUGGCAGGCGCGGUGGUCCGGGCUGACCUUCUGGAGGACAAGGAUGGCAAGAGCAGAGGCAUGGGCACUGUCACAUUUGACAUGCCCAUCGAAGCCGUCCAAGCUGUCUCUAUGUUCAAUGGACAAAUGCUCUUCAACAGGGUCAUGCAUGUCAAACUGGAUGAGAAGUCCAUGCCCAAAGACUUCGGACCCCCAGAAAGAGCACCUGCAUCUCUUCCCCGGGGUCUCAGUGGUAUCGGUUUGGGUCUUGGACCCGGCGGCCAACCUAUUGAUGCCAAUCAACUCAACCGAGGCGGCGGCGGAGGAAUGGGCAACAUGGGCCCAGGAGGCAUGGAUGGAAUGGGCUUUGGCAACAUGGGAGGCCGCAUGGGAGGAGGUGGAGAUAACUUUGGAGGAAUGAACAACAUGGAUCGUUUUGGCUCCUCUGGGAUGGGCAGAAUGAACGAGAUGGACCGUGGGGUUGGUGGUGGUGGUUUCGACAGAGACUUUGGUCGGAAUGAUAUGGGCAUGUCUCGCAACAAUUUUGGGGAUUCCUUUGAUAGAGGGAUGGGAAACAACAUGAACAUGGAUCGCAUGAAUUCCGGAAUGGAUCGCAUGGGAACCAGCAUGGAUCGUCUGCCCAGCAUGGACCGGAUGGACCGCCCCUCAGAUCUUGAUAGAAUGGGUUCUGGAUUUGACCGCAUGGGUUCUGGGAUGGACCGCAUGGGUUCUGGGAUGGACCGGCUCGGCCCAAGCAUGGAUCGUAUGAGCUCUGCCAUGGACCGGCUUGGCCCGGGUGGAUUUGACCGCAUGGGAGGUGUUGCAGGAAGUGCUGGGGGCAGCGGCAACAUGGACUUCAACUCCAGCAUGGGCAUGGAUCGAAUCGGCAACGCCGGCCUGGAUAGAAUGUCCAGCAGCUUCGACCGCAUGGGCUCCUCAGGCGGCCUCGACCGGUUCUCCUCCACUGGCCUCGACCGUAUGAGCUCUGGAAUGGACCGGAUGGGAUCCAGCGGCCUUGGUGGUCAGUUCGAUCGCUCUGCCGAAAUGGAUCGCGGGUUUGGUGGCAAUUCCUUUGGCGGGCCUGGAGCGGGAGGACCUGGAGCUGGAGCAAACAACAUGAGGAAGGGAUGCCAGAUCUUUGUCAGAAAUCUGCCAUUUGACUUCACAUGGAAGAUGCUGAAGGACACGUUCAACACUUGUGGCAUGGUUCAGUAUGCUGACAUCAAGAUGGAGAACGGCAAGUCCAAGGGCUGUGGGGUGGUCCGCUUCGACAGCCCCGAAACCGCCGAACGGGCCUGUCGCACCAUGAACGGCUUCAGACUCAGCGGAAGAGAGAUCGACGUCAGGAUCGACAGGAACGCAUAAACAUUUCUGCUGCUCUUAACUCGUCUUUGCAUAAACACUCGGAAUCGUCCUGGUUACAAGUUCAUAUUUUAUAAACCUGCUCAUGUGCUUUGUUAUAGAUCCUUAGAUCAAAUUGUUUUACUUGGUGCCCAAGUACCAUCUUGUUUUAGUUUAUUUUUUACUUUUUUUUUUAGAGACCAAUCUUGUACUUUCCUCAUCAUUCACCUUACCUGUCUCCCCCUGCUUUGUUCUAUGAUGUGAUUUGAUUAAAAAAUUGGACAAUUUGAA